GAUGAUAAGGGAAAAUUCAACUUUGAUCAAACUGCUGUUCGCAAUCCAGAAACAGGAGAACUGAUUUCCAGCUGGUAUAAGGGCAGUGAGACCUGGGACAGCAAGUUCUCCACUAUCGCCUCGUCCUAUGAGGAGUGUCGAGCUGAGUGUGUCGGCCUCUACCUGUGUCUCAGCAAACAGGUGCUCAGUAUUUUCGGCCAUGAAGGAGAGGACGCGGAGGAGGUGCUUUACGUAAACUGGCUAAACAUGGUUCGCGCUGGCCUUCUGGGACUGGAGUUUUACACACCAGAGAGCAAAAGCUGGAGACAGGCACACAUGCAGGCCCGCUUUGUGAUUUUGCGAGUUCUUCUGGAGGCUGGAGAGGGGCUGGUUUGUGUGAAGGAGUGCACGGGGACAGAUGGACGACCAGAUGCUGUCAUUACGCUCGAUCGCAGCAAGAUCAACACAGUGGGAAAGAGUGCCAUCCAGAGGUUCCUCUGUAAACUGCAGGUCUACAAGUCCACAGCUGAUGUAGAAGGAGGAAGAGCUUUGUAUGAGGGCUACUCUGCGGUCACUUCUGAUGGUGCCCACGACUUCCUGCGCCUCAGAGAAACGGUUCUUCUCCGCAAAGAAGCUCGCAAGAUGUUUGUCCAGGCAAACACCUUCAUCAAAGAUGACGCUGUGGAGCUGAUUGAAUAUGAGGGCAGCGCUGAAGGCCUCAUCCAGUCUUUCAUCGAGCGUUUCCCUGAUGACAGCGAGGAGGUGGACGCUCAGCUGCUGGAAAUGACCCGCAAAGACUCCCUCUGCUGGUGCUAAGAGGACACUGUCAUAUUUUGGACGACACCGAGCUGCAGUAACUUCCCGUAAUGAACAAAAAAGGCCGGAGAACACAUAAGACUGGUAAUGAUUCACACAUAAGAGGAAGGAAAAGCCGCUCUUAAGUUCAACCCCGGUGUUUUCCAUCCCACAGUUCUUCUUUCUAUAUCGCUAUUGACUUUAAAACAAAAGUAACACUGAUUAGAGUUUUAAUUAGACAUUUCUGUUCCUGCUUCAGAUCAUCCCACGCUUCCCACACAGGCAUGCCAAAGCUCCGACAGGAGUGAACUUGCUGUGUGAGGGAGGGAUUUAUGUAAUCGCAACACAUAACAUACUUUCUCAACUUGCUCUAAAAUGGAAACACGCUCUGCAGAUCCUAUCUAGUGUGGAAUUCAUCUGAUUCACUGUUUUCUGGGAGAAACGAUAGCAUUCCUUCUAAGAAAUUAAAAAUCUGUGUUGGUUUACGCGAUUUCAGGUUUCUCAAAAAUGAAAUGUCAAAUUGUUCAGUGUGGACGGUGAAUACCAACAGUCCCUACCAAAUAAAACCAAUUACUUC